UUUCUACGCGUAGAUGGAUACAAGCACUGGGCCACUGGCAAGGUCCCAGACGGUCCCAGAUUAUUGACACGUCAUGGGCUUCACGCGUUGCCUAAAUGUGACCGAAACCAAAGCGCGCUGUCAUUUUACGCAGGCCUGGACCUGGUAUCAAAGAUAGCCACGGCUUUUAACUCAACCGCGGUGAGCCUGGUUUCGCUGAGCCAGGCCCCGUCGGGCUGGACGCCCAACAUUCCGGUUGCUUGACCGCAGACCGCAUUCAAAGGGCCAUGAAAACAGGUAGUAAAUUGAAAAUAAUUUUCAGGACCAAGCGCUGGACAGUACUGAACACGCGCAUGUAAUCACACAACCCGGCAGAAGAGGAGCGGACACUUGGCCCCGAACUUGGCCUCCUGCGCUGCGCGCUUGCCAAAGCUAUUGCUGACAAUAGUUCAUUCACUUGCCCCAAUCUCCGACACUGCUGUGGCUCUCCGCACGACGUGCUUGAGGUCCGCAAGAUAGCGAGCUCCUCGUCCGCGCCGAACGCACGGCCUGCUGUCUGCUCCUGCGUUCAGGCAAUCCUUUAGGAUUAUAAUAAGGCAGCCGACUCUGCUCGGUCGACAGGCGCGCGCGCGGGAAGGGUGCAUCGAUUCUAAACGACAGAAUUCCGCGCGGCUGGGCCUGACACAAAGCCUACCCUGUCGUGGUUGACACGGCGCGCGCAUGUCGACUUGACCUCCCACGCACCGUUGUACACAUGGACACCGGUAGCGCAGCCAUCGCGGCCGAUGCCGCAGUCUCCAAGGAUUCCAAUGACUCACAAGUCGCAGCUGAAAUCGCUCAUCCGGGUUGUGGCUAUCAGGCUACACAGAAAUGCAAGGACAGCGGCACGGGCAGGCCCGGGGAAGUCGACCUGGGCGGCGACGUAAAGGACACGCAACUCGUGAAAGCUCCAGCCGAUGCCGCUAAUUCCGCCAUGAACACCUGCGGCAGACUGUCGGGCCCCAAAGCGCCCGGCGGCGGAGGCCCACCCCUGCCUCUUAAAGCCAUGAAGGAGGCCGGCAGCGGCGCGGGGCUUGACGGGGAGAGCCGCGUUCACUUCCUGCAAGAGGCCUUCCUGACCAUCAGUGAAGAGCUGGCGGCACAGGGCGUCAACCCACACGCCGUCAUCGCCGCUGCCAGCAACUCACCCACCGCCAGUCGCGGCGCCAGCAGCGGUGGUGUGGCCGCGGCUGUCGCGGCGGCCGCAUUCAUUUUGCCCGCCGUUCGACCGCUCUCCGCCCCUACGACUGCCGCCAUCCCAGUUGUGAUGGCCGGCGGCGGCAGCGGUGUCGUCCCAGCGCCGUUGCCGACUAUGCCGUCUUUGACGCCGUCCCAGGCGCAGACACAGUCGUGCGCCAACGCCGCUGCUGAUGCCGCCUCUCCGACUGCCGCAUCAGGGGGCGGCGGUCCUCCGGCCUCUGCGCCGCUGCUACCAGACGGCCCGGCGGCCCCGGCGGCACCUGCCAUCGGCGGCGGCAACGGCGGUGGUGACGCCGCCGCCAUGGGCGACGCCGCGGCCGCCGCCGCUGCUGGUGGCUUCGAUUUUUUGUUUGAUGCAUUCCACGCCUUUGUUCACCACGAUGGCCCCACCGCUGACGCUAACACCGUUGCUGCCGAGGCGUCGCCCGCGUCCAAGGCGCGCCCGACCUCACAGCAGCCGACGGCCGUCCAGACUGCGGACCGGGACCAGAGCACAUGCAGGGCGGCAGGAAUGCAGCCGCCGCCACCGCAAUCGGCCCUGUCCGGGGUUGCGACGGCGGCGCGCGCCAACGGCCGCAGUGUAACCAUGUUUGAUGUUUGGGCGGCGGGAGAGGAGGGCGGCUCCGACGGCGGCAAUGGCGCUCCUGCCACAGACACAGACCCGAUCCAACAGCCGUCAGCGGCGCCGCCGACGGCCGAGGGCGACGGCACCGCGCAGCAGCAGCAGGCCGAUUCCCACGGCGGGGCUGCUGCUGGCUCGACAGCGGUGGAGGCAAUCGCCGGUGCCAGCAGCAAGACCCUGGCAGCUCCCAAGCCUGUGCGCCUGAGCCCCUUCUCAGGAGGAGGAGGCGCCGUCUCCGCCUUCGCAGGCCCCGCCACCACUUGCAUCAGCCCUGCGCCCAUGGAUGCAAUGGAUGGCAGUGACGGCGACGGCAUUGGCCGCGGUGACAGCGAGGGUGGCAAGGGCUUUGGCGGCGCCAGCCGCCGCGCCAGCCGCCGCGGUGGCGGCGCCGCCGGCGGCGCGACGCCCAUGCGUCUGAGUAAUGCGCUAUCGCUGCUGGGUGCGGCCAGCGCAGGCGGCGGCUACAUGGACCUGCUGGGGCCCGGUGACAUGUUCAUGGACAGCGGCGUGGACCCCCUGGCCGAUAUCUUGAUGGACGCCAUGCGGCCCUCGCUCACAGAAAUACCCGUGGUAGCGAUGCCCGCAGCAGCAGCGGCUGCAGCGGCUGCAGCAGGCGGAGCCGCCGCCGAGCCGGCAGGCCGCAGCGGCGUGCCGCGCAGCUCCCUGGCCACUCUGAACCGGAUGCUGAUGUCGGAGGGUCGGCAGCAGCCGCAGCCACUACAGUCGCAGCUGGUGCAGCAGAUGCAGCAGCAGUCGGCGGGUGUGUCCUCGGCGCCGCCUGGCAGCGGCGGCCUUGCGGCCGCCUGUGCCGCCGGCUCCAACACCGACCCCCGGCACUGCUUGCCUUCGCCGGCAGCAGUCGUGGCAGCUGCUGCAGUGGCAGCUGCGCAGCAGCAGCAACACCAGCUGUCGUCACCGCCACUGACGGGUGGCCAGCCGCAGCACCAGCAGCAGCUGCUGCACGGCAGCCGUGUGGUGCAGGCACAAGCCGGCUCCUACGAGAGCAUCAUGGGCGGUGGCCUGUCCGCCGUGGCACUGAUGGAUCUAGAGGCCAUGUCACGACACCAGCUGUCAGCGCCUGCCAUUCUAACACGCCUGCCUUCGGGUAGCGGCUGUGCCGCCGGUGUCAAGCAGUUCUACCAGCAGCAGCAGCAGCAGCAGCAGCAGCAGCAGCAGCAGCAGCAGCAGCAGCAGCCGCACCAGCCGCACCAGCAGCAGAUGCAACAGAUGCAACAGCAGGCUGUACAGCAGCAACAGCAGCAACACGCCGCGUUCGCACACCAACAGCAGCAGCAACCGAUGCCACAGCAGCAGCAGCCUCACCCUCAACCGCAGCAGACCGCCACCUCCUCGCUGCUGCAAGAUGUGUUGAGCACAGCACGUGCGGUGCUGGGGAACGCAACCACGGUUGGAAGCAUGUUCCCCGCCCCUGCUGCUGGCAGCCACAGCAACACUGCCUUCGCCAACGCGCACGUGAACAAGGCAAUGCUGCAGUCGCUCCCCGCCUCUGCUGGAUCGGGCGUGCCUCUCUUCACGGCCCAUCAGCAGCAACAGCUAAUGCAGCACCACCAGCAACUCAUGGCCACGCAGCACGCCAGCAGCAACAGCGCUGGCACCACUCCCACUGGCGGUGCCGCGCAUGGUGUCCCCGGCAGUGUCCCCGGCGGCGGCUCCGCGGCAAUCAUGCAGCCCGGCCCAGUCGUCAGCGCGCCCUCGCCGUGGGCGCCGCAGGCGCUGGUACAGCUUCCGCCAGCGGCAGCACCGCCAGCGGGCGCCACGGGCCUGUACCAGCUGCAGCAGACACAGCAGGUGCAGCAGUCACAGCACUUGCAGCAAACGCACACGGUCGGGGGGCCGCCCGCACUGAUGCAGCCGCAGCAGCAGCACCUGCAGCAGCAGCACCUGCACCCCAUGUCACUGUCCCAGCCGCUGCCGAGCCACAACGCGCCCAUGAUGCCCACCUCGCAAGCGCCGCCGCCGCACCAACUGCCGCUCCCGCAACACCAACAGCACCUGCUGUCCCAGCAGCAACUACAGUCAGGUGGCAUCCAGCGCUCAAUCAGCAUGGGUCACUACCGCAUGGGGCCCGAAACAGUGGAGCUUGUGGAUGCCCAGAGGCUGCAGAAGCAGGCGCAGCAACAGCAGCAACAAGUGCGGAGCCUGCAGCAGCCCUCGCACGCGCAGCAGCAGCAGCAGCUGCACCUCCACCACUUCCAGCAGCAGCUGCCGGCGCCGAUGAUGAUCAGUCCCGUGGGGCCGCCCAUCUCUACUAUGAUUCAGAACCACCAGCAGCAGCAGACGCUGCGUCCCCCCUCCGUGCCGCCGAUCUUCGCCAGCGAUCUGGCAGUGGGCGCCGCGGCUCACGGCGGCGGGGCGCCAAGCAUCAGCACGAGCACCGGCAACAGUAGCUCUGCAGCCAUUCACAUCAAGGUGGCCGCACACGCGAUGCCUACGGGGCCGUUGUUUGUGGGGAGCUACGGCCCAACGCAACAGCAACAGCAACAACAACAACAAAAUCUGAUGCGUGCAUUGGAGGAGGCCCGCCGCAGUGCUGGGCAGCAGCAGCCCGCCGGCAGCAGCGGCGGCCACGGCGGCGGCGCAGGUGACAACGGUGUGCCCUGCCGGGGCUUCGCCCGCACCUCCUCGGGCUCCACUGCCGGCGGUGGCAGUGCACAUCACCACCAGCAGCACCAGCAGCAGCACCAGCAGCAGCAACCCUACCAACAGCAGCAGCAGCCCGCUCUUGCGGAUGGCUGCAACAGCCCGCCGGCCGGCCCUGCCUCCCGCAACCCCAGCGGCCGCAGCCUCCUCAUCCGCCACACCAGCGGGCUGGCACGCACCACGAGCGCGGCCGCCACGGCCGCCGCCGGCGGCGCUUCCGGCAUUACCUCGCCUCGCAGCCCCGCUGCCGCCGCAGCGGCCGGCGGUGGGCCGGGCACGCCGCGUAGUCGCAGCUUCCGACAACAGCAGUCACAGCAGCAGCGCAGCGACGUGCCUCCUCCUUCCAGCCUGCUAGGCUCAGGCACCUUCCUCGCGGGAGACAUGGGCAUUAAACUGGAGGAUGGCAGCACGGCGCCUGUGGGCUACUUGGGGGCAGCGGCAGCUGCAGUACCCACGGGCGCUGCUCCCACUGCAGCCCUGGCGGCGGCGCUUGCCGCCGGCGUUAUGCGCCGCGGCGGCGGCAGUGACGACGGCGGCGCCGGGGCCCCCGCCGCCGCCUCAGGCGACAGCGGCGAGGGAUCCGGCGCAGACGCUGACGCCGCUGGCGGUACUGUCCGGCGUAGCCGCCGUGAGCCGCGCGGCGGCGUCAAGACGUCUCGCAGCGGCGGCGCCGGCGGCCGCCGCCGCCGCGCCGGCGAUGACGACGAUGCGCCUUACGAGACGGACGAUGCGGAGGAGGAGGAAAGCAGUGACGGAAGUGACAGCGACCUCGAUGAUGAUUUCCUGGGUGGCGGCGGCGGCGGCCGGCGUUCGCGCAAGUUGGGUCGCGAUGGCGGUGAUGAUGACGUGGAUGGCGGGUACUACGUGGAUGACAACUCGGUGUUGGUGGUGCGGGCGGUCAAGGACGGCCAGCGCCGCGAGAUCACCAAGCACGCCCUACGCAAGGUCUACCACCUGCCCAUCAACGAGGCGGCGGCGGCGCUCAACAUCGGCGUCACCGUGCUCAAAAAGUACUGCCGCAAGUUCCGCGUGCCGCGCUGGCCCUACCGCAAGCUCCAGUCCAUGGGCAAGCUGAUUGAAUCGUUCCAGCGCUACAAGAAGGGCGCGCUGGGGGCCGGCAACACAGACGAGGCGGAGCGCUGCGAGGCCGUGAUCCAGAGCCUGUACCGCUUCCGUGAGGAGGUGUACGACAACCCGGACAAGGACAUCGACGAGAGCGUUAAGAAGCUGCGCCAGGCCAAUUUCAAGAUCGAGUACCGCCAGCGCCAGGGCCAGACGCAGGGCGCACCGUCGACCGCCGCCGCCGCUGCAGAUAUCCUGAUUGAGGACGGCAUUGGCAUGGAGGGCGUGGCGAUGGAGGCCGGCCGCGGAGGCGCAGAGGGAGGCAGCAGCAGCACCUCAGAGGCAGUGGCAGCGUGAGCAAGGAAUGAGGACGGCACCAGCAGCCGGGGGUGUGCGUGAUGCUGCCUGCGGUCUGAGGCAGCUGGAAGAACCAUAAGAUGCACGCACAUUCAUCUUACAGAAGGCCAUUCACGCCGCAUGGCGACUAAGUGACUGCCUGCCGGACUGGCGGAGCGACGAAGGACGACCCAUGCUGCCACUGUUGACCCGCACAUAACGCCCUACCUACCUGCGACUCUCACACGUACAAGAGCCCUCCUGGGCCGUGACCCUGUAUUAGCAGGUGUGCGGGGGCACCCCACGCUCGUCCCCAUGCGUGGAAAGGGCCCCCAUUAUGACCAUAUGCCCAUAUCAAGGCCGCAAUUAUUUUUGGAUCUCUCACGCACAUGGACAAUAUUGCGGCUUACCUAUAUCUAAGAAGUGGUUGGACCUGGGUACAGGAAGGCGGCCACAGGCCUGACUAUCCUGGCGGCGGGUUGUUUUCUACACUUUGGCGGCAUGCAAGCAUCUGGGGAGCAGCAGCGUUGAGGCCAGCAUUAUAUGUGUGGUGGCCUCCGGUGCGGGUCACAAGAGCUGUGUCACGCUUUGCUUCCAACCCGAAGGACUGGUACGUGGAUGGACAUGUGAGGAGUGCGCGGGGGCAUCCUAAUUGGUGGGUGCGGCCGUAUAAGCUACUGAUACGGUAUUCAAUAGUACGGUAUCCAUGAAGGCCGGGGGCUGGCGAUUCCUGGCCUCCCCGCCUGUGCGCGACCGGAAGUGUGUGUGAGCUCCUGGCACCGGUGGAUUCACAGGCAUGAUGGCAUCGGCUCGUGACGUCUGAAGCAACUAACGGUGUGUGCUGUUGAGGACCCGUGCAACUCUGAGGCAAUAAAGACCACAACAUUGCUGAGAGGGUUUCAAGAGCAUUUUGUCGAAGCACCCAACAACCAAUCGGCCCAUGUGGCCUAUGCCUGAGUGCAUAUCGUGUGCGCUGAGCGCGUGGGCGUGUGGAGUUGCGUGCUUGCAUGCGUGUGUGUACCAGCUCAGGGCUCGCCCCGGGGGUUUGCCCCUGGGGGUCCUCAUGCAGUCUAAAAUACGCGUACAUGGCGGGCUGGGUACGGGCAGCGCCAGAGUGACGGCUCACCUCUGAGGUCUUGCUUGGAUUCUCAAGGGUGCCAGCAAGUCCGGGCGAAAUAAGUGGCCCACAAAGCUGAGUUUGUUAUAGCUGUAUGCGGGUCUUGCCCCCUCCCGGGCCCGACACACGGUCACCGCGCGCAGCCUGUCACUCUGUCAGGCUGUUGAACGGUUGGCUUGGCAGCGUUACGCACCUCAAGUUGUAAGUGGGUUAUUCUGCGUCUUCAGGCGCAAGCAAGUCAUCUUGAUGGAGGCUGAUGGCUCUACGUGGAGAGAGGUUAUGGGGGCGCGGUGACGCGCGUGAGACACUGGGGGUAUGGACCAUUGAUAGCCUUCAUUCAAGUCACCGUUAUUACUUCUCCAGUGGUGACCCUGCUGCUCAUUGCUUUAUUUUUACGCGGGUGCGCGCACGCCGCUGCGCUGUGAAGCACGGGUAAUGCUGCAGUGCUUGAUUGGAGUGUGGGGUGCGUAAGUAAGAAGGAGGGGUGGAGGGGUGAGGUGCGCAGUAGGCGGGGCGCGUGUCUUGUUGAUUGGUGUAGGGAUUGCAUCAACGCGGGCGAUUAUGACGAGAGCCACGGAUGCCCCACGGUCAGAGCAAGAUGCUCGCGCGGAGCCGUAAGCCAGUGGGCUGCUGCGGCCGGCCGCCAUACAUUGGAACGGAGCACAAUAAUGCGGAAGUACGGGGGCGUGGGUGCUUGGAGGAGCGUAGGCGGUGGAUCCUUUUUACACGGGAAUAAUUGUCACAAAGUCACCAAUACGUGAGACGUGAGUGAGUGAAGUGAAAGUCAACUAGUGCAUGCUGCAUGUAAUCUUGUGCACCA